AUAUAUUGUUUUAAGGUUUUACCAAAAAAAAACCCACACACCGUACCUUGCGUCGGUGCCCUCUUCGCCGCUACCUUCUACCGAUUUCUUUCUCCGACGCUACGUUCUUUGCCGGUGCCCUCUGCUGAUUUCUUCGUCCUUUUCAUAAGGUUGAUAAAGCAACACUCUGAUUUGUGGCUGAAAUUAAAGUAGAGAUGGCUUCCAAAUCAAGACCUAGAACAUUAAGCGUAUAUCUUUACAUCCCCAACAUCAUUGGUGAGUUCAUUUGCCCUCUUUCACAAGUCAAAUUCAUAUUAUUUCUUGUGAUUGUGAUUUAAAAUUUAUACAUAUACCAAAAGAUACUUCAAUCAAUGAAUCUGUUAAUUCAUAAUAUCACGUGUCUCAAAUAUCUACCAAAAGGGCACAAAAACAGCAACAGAAUGAUAGCAAUCGGAUUCAAUAACCAACAAAAGAAAAAGUAAAUUAGCUCUAUUCGAGAUGCUAACGUCUCCCACAGGAAAAUAUAUCCCAAGAUACAUAAUAAGAUAUGUCAUAUGGUGUAACAAGCUUUUCGUGCCCUUCAAUAGAGAAGAUGCUAAUUGGAUACAUAAGAGUUGUGAUGAAUUGCUUUGCCUUUGGUAUAUGCUUUUCCAAUAAAGAGCUUUUUUCAAUCCUGUAUUUCAUCAGCUUUGUUUGUGAUGCUUUGGAUGGUUGGUUUGCACGCAAAUUCAAUCAAGUUUCAACAUUUGGAGCUGUUCUGGAUAUGGUCACAGAUAGGAUAAGCACUGCAUGUCUUCUGGUUAUUCUCUCUCAAGUCUACAGGCCUAACUUUGUUUUCUUGUCUUUGCUUGCAUUGGAUAUUGGCAGCCACUGGUUGCAAAUGUACAGUACUUUCUUGGUUGGAAAGUCUAAUCAUAAAGAUGUCAAAGAUAGCACCAGUUGGUUGUUUAAGUUAUACUAUGGAAACAGGAUGUUUAUGGGAUACUGCUGCAUAGCUUGUGAGGUUCUUUACAUAACUUUGUUUCUUCUUGCAAAGGAGUCAGAAAAGAUGACUGAUGUUUUGGUUGGUGUUGCACAACAAAGUUUGAUAAAUUCUGCGUUACUUGCCUUUCUUGUGUUUGGAUGGGCAACCAAGCAGUUAAUCAAUAUUAUACAGAUGAAGACAGCAGCAGAUUUAUGCGUGUUAUACGACCUCAACAAAAAACACAAUGCCUAGAGGGUUUGAUAUGUAAUGAAUGUAUCUCUCUUUCUUUGAAGAAGCUGUGCAUGAAAUGUUGAUGAAAAUGGAAAAACUAGUAAUUGUGUAUAACAAAUACAUCCCUCUUCUCUUCUCUCUUGUCUUUGUACAUGAAAAAACACUUUAUCAUGGGGAUGGGGGAUUGGAUGGUGGUGGAUCAAAUUUUUUAAGUUUUACCACAAUCAUCUCAUGUUGCUUUGUAUCCUGUUCUUGUGUUGUGCUUGUUCAGUUGCAUUUCUCAAUUUUACAAAUUUUAAUCAA